AUGAACAUUUCAUGACUAUCAAUGUUUUUUGAGGACCAUUGUCAGAAAUGGUCAUGGGUGAAAAUAAUUUGGAACUUUUUGAGCUCCAAGAAUGUCGGAAGUAUUGGAAUGAAAAGAUUGAGGGGUUCUGUACCCCAUCUGAGUGUGCAUCGACACCCCCCGGACAGCAGCUGUCCCCCCCACCUAGAGCGCUCAGUCCUGUCCAAUCUCUUAAAGAAGAAACUCCGAACCUGGCAUAUGUAAACAAUACAGUAGAUACGGAGCAUCAUGAAUCCCAUGUUUCUGUUGAUCAGAGAAUAAAGCAGAAUGGUAAUGAAUUUGCUGGAACUGAAGUAAAACAGAAUGGUUUUGAUUCCCCUGCACCUGGAGUGGAGCAGAAUGGUUUAAAUACCCCCGGGAUUGGAGUCGAGAAUAAGGCUGGUUUGGUGCAAUGUGACAACUUUAUAUCAAAUGUCCAAUGUGAACGAACUGAACAUGCUCCCAUUAAUGUGAAUAAAGAUGAAACCGACGGAUUAAAUUCUACUGAAGAGACUGAACCUUGUGAACCUUGUCACGUCGAUGAGGAACAAUCUGACCUUGUAAACCUUGAAGCUACUGAGAACCACUGCCAUGAACUAGAUCAAAUUUCUAAUCAAUCGAGAACCGAGAGCAAAGACUGUGUCGUAGUUGACCAAACUCAAGAUAAAUUUUUUCACUGGUAUCCACCGGAUACUGGAGAGGAGAGGUUGGAUUGUAGUAUCUGUGAGGAGAAACAGCUGAGCUUAGUUGAUCUAGAGAUUCAUUAUCAUCAGUUUCAUGUUAAUCCACGCUUCCUCUCUCAGCAUGAUGUCAAACACUUUCGUUUAUCAAACUUUUUAGUGAAUAAUCUUGAAGAUACGCCAGUUCAAUCUACUUUUCCUGGACUCUUUCGGUGCCACGAGUGUUUUAACACAUUUAGUGAAUCUGAGAACCUGAAACUUCAUCUAGUCAAACACAAAACUCCAAGUAAGAUGGCACCCAAGACGCACGAGACGUCGGAGCAGGUUUACUCCGUAUCACUGGGUUCCAAAAGAGUUUUGUCAAAAAAGCGUCGUGGGUCUGCCAACACCGAGAUAUUGCAUAAUAAAAAUAGGAAAAUAGACAAGGCUAGUUCUAAGUAUUUUAAUAAAUCUCGGCCAAGGAGACAAGCUUCUAUGAACAGGAUCGUUGAACUUGAGUCGGAGAUAUCUGAUGAGUUCAACAGCAACAGUGAGAACGAGGCUGACUUAACGAAUCGACGAGCUUGGAGACCUCAGAGAGAAUGUAAAAGUAGAACGAAAACUUUAGUGGCAAUAUCUCUUGCGGAGCAGGAGUACGACAAAUUUGAUCUUGAUUUCGGAAAGUUUAAGACUGAUGUAAACUCUAAAAUCAGUCAAAUCGAGAAAAGUAUUCAUCCUGUGGAUGAAAUCGCCGAGACUGAGGUUCGAGAAACUUCUAGAACAUUGAAACAAAAAUCAGUGUCAGGAGAAAAAUCAGCAAAACCUAAAGGAUUAAAGAAAAUUAAAAUAAAGCGAGGAAAAAAAGGUAAAAAAUUAGAGAACCCCUCCGUCCUGGGGACUUCAGAGCGGAAGAAGGGAAGAAUGAAGGUUCCUACCUUCUCCGUGAAGGACCAGAAGAAGGCGAGCAAGAUGGUUGAGGAUAUCCUAGAAAACACUGGAGAUUAUGUGUGCCUAAGCUGCGGAAUUGAUGUAAAUUCAUACAGACAACUCAUCUCUCACAAGAGAUUAUGUAGACAGGGCGCAAAUCCACUUCUAGUUGGAGUAGGAUUGGAGAGAAUAGAACCUAAAGUUGAAGAUAUUACGGAAACCAGUUCGGAAUUAUCCAAUUAUGUUACUGGUGCUGUGACCCAAGUUCCAGAAACUAGUUUUAACAGCAUGCAUGGGAAGAUGGCCGACCUAAAAACAGAAGACGCAAACCAGUUUCUCAACAAUUCACCCAAUGCGUUAGGACUGGUAAGAUUAAAUUACUCGGGCCAGUGGAGUGUGAAAGAUGUUUGGGAGAUCGGAGGUUGGGAACCUAGGGUAGAUCAACUCACCUGGCAAAGAUACGAGCUAGCAGCUGCUGUUUCAUCAGCUCUCAAGCUAAAGAACCAGGAGUCAGAAGCCAAGGCAUUGAAGGAAACAGAGGAGUUGUCUAAUGAGAACGGAGAUAAUGAGAAACCGAAGAGUAAUGAAGUAUCUCCUGUAACAUCUGCUUCUAUAGUCAGGAACCUGACUAGCCAAGUAGUUGGUCGACAACCUCCGAUUAUAACAAACACAGAUCUUAAAAGAGAUUUCCUUAUUAAGCUAUCUGGGUUACCCUGGACGGAGCAGAGGAAGAUUAAAGAAUCCUUUGACAGUGCUGUGACAGCUAAGAAACCCCGGAAGCCUGAAAAACCAUCGGAGAGUACUAUCCGGCAUCCUUCAAUGCCGGUGCGUCUUGAUCUGAAGCAAGUCGGAAAAUCUAUAAAAUACUCCAAAAGUAACAAUAGAAAAACGCCGACAAUGAAUAAGGAGGAAGGAGAGUCUAAGUCGGAAAUGGUUCUCGGUACCCUGUCCGGAGAGUGGGAGGUGGAACACUCCUUUGUGUGCAGUGUCUGUGGAAUUGAGUAUGAUGAUGUACUUGAGAUUAUGCACCAUAAGUGGGAGGCUCAUCCACACUGUCUAGUUGCUCAUGUUAGUCUUAAACAUAAUCUUCAGCGUCCUCCAGCUCUUCUAUAUCCUCAGGUCGGUCCAAGUACUAUUCAUCUUGACUCUAAGCUGAAGGAGGAGAAACCUGUUCCGUUCAUAUGUUCAAAAUGUCAACUGUCCUUCGAGGAAGGGUCAGAGUUCCACGCCCACAUCCUUCUUUGUGGAGGUGUGUCUCCGUGGGACAAGUCUCCGUCCAAGAAGAAACGAAGGAAAGGACACGGAGGGGGACUGAAGUCAACGAUCAGAAUGAUGAAGAAGUCAAUCCAUUCCCGAGAUGGGACGGAUACUGACGAGCCGUCUCCGAAGAAACGAGUUCGAGCCGCACCGCGAGUUUUUGGCGAUGUUCCUCUUGUUCCAACCCACAACAGGACCACGAGGUUCAAGGAGACCAAGGAGAAGGAGGCCAAGGUCAUGGAGGCUAAGACGAAGCGACGAGAAAGAGGAGGGAAGAGAACGCGGAAACCUGGAGGAAAAAGAAAGAUUACUGCCGAGAAUGUGGAUAAUGUUGUUGUCUCUGUUGUAUCAGAUCUAGUGGAGAAGGUUCACAACAAGGAGAAGAGAAGAUCACAUAGAUCCAAGGCGGAGCAAAAGAAGAAGUUGGACCGAGAGAAAAGAUCUUCCCUUCGGAUCCAGGAUGUUCAGCAAUACAAGGAGCUUAGUUCAGAAGAUUCAGUCGACGAAGAUCGAGAGAACGAGGACGGAAUGAAAAAUCAAAUUGAAAAUGAAAUUCCAGCUGAAAUUGUAAAAACUUUAAACGAAUUGAUAGACUCUGUUCUUUCCUUCGUGGAGAACUCGAGGAACUCAAACAACAACACAUCGAUGAAAGGGAAAAUUGUUCGCGUUCAAAUUGUACCUGAUGAAACAAGUUUUAAGAUUGCUGAUCACUGCCGCAUUGUCUCAGCUUGUGAUCUUGUCCAAGACAGUCCAGGCAAACGUAGUAAUAAAAAACGAUCAUUAUCUCCAGAUUUGAACCAUUCUUCUGUGGAGAAUAAAACUGAGGUAAAUGGACCCAAGAUUAAUGGUUUUCUAGAUAAAUCCACCCCAAGUAAAGAUCUCAUUCCUACAAAUUCCCCUGUAAAUAAUGUGAAAAAGGUUCGUAGUCUAUCUCCUUCCUCUUCUAAGUCAAGUCCAAGACGUCGAAACGUUUUCCCCAUAGAGCUCAAGAUGUCAGCUCUUCAAAGAAUAGAUGAUGGAGAAAGUCAAGCUGCUGUAGCCAAAGAUUUAGACAUAUCGUUCUCUACUCUUGUCAAAUGGUGUGUUAAAAGGUCUGAACUACUGGAGAAAUUCAGCUCAGUCACUCAAAACUCAGGCAUUAUUAACGAACCUGAUAUUACAAGCAACACUGAGAAGGAGAAUGUUGAUACAGAUUCUACAGACACACCUAAAGAUGUCGAGGAUAGUAGUUCAGAAUCAGGGUCCGGAGAGAGUAGUGUUAGGAACUCAAGAAGCUCAAGUAAUCAACGUUCCCGCUCCUCCAGCAGAGAAUACAGACCUUUCAUUCCGUUAGAGAUUAAAUCUGCUGCUAUAGAGCGGGUCCUGGCAGGAGAAACUCAGAUAGCAGUCUCGAGAGAUCUAAACAUUAAUCCAUCAACUCUAGCACACUGGUGGGGGAAGAAAGAGGUUAUCCUGGAUCAAGUUCGAAAUAUACAAGAGUUAUCUGCAGUGCCGGAGGAGAUUCUUGAACCCUUGGAACUGGUCCAGGAUGAUGAACCUCUGAAAUCUAAGGUGAAACCGAAAGCGGAAGAAAAAACGGGUGUGAAGCCGAAACUUUCAUGUCGGCUAUAUCGGGAAAGGUUAUUGCAGCGGAUCAAGGAUGGCGAGAAAAUUCAGAAGGUUUCCAAAUCUGAAAAUAUUCCUAAAUCUAAACUGAUCUCCUGGAUUAAACGUUAUAAACGUAUUUCUAAGCCGGAAAACGUUGUGCAAUCCCAGGUUUCUAAAACAAAAAUGAAUGAAAAACUAUCUAUCCAAGAGAACAACAUUGAUUUAAUAGAACAAAAGAACCUUAAAUCUUCUGAGGAAGAUGUCUCCUCAGUGGAGAUUGAAAGAGAACCUAGUUUUCCUGUUUCAUCUGAUCCUCAGCCGUGUAGAAUAGUUGAACCUGAAGUAUUGGAUGUUGAUGUGAAUACUAAACCUGUUGAAACUAUUAGACCUAGGAGACAAAGUUUAGGAGCGCCAAGCCAUCCAUCUCUGUCGGGGUUCAGACUUUUCAUGCCUUUAAACGUAAAACGUGAGGCAGUUACGAAAAUAAUGAAUGGUGAAUCUCAAGCUAGUGUUGCAAGGGAUCUAGAUAUUUCGGUUUCAACAGUCUCCACUUGGUGGAGGAAACGAGAAAGUAUUCUCUCAACAGAGGAGUUGUCCAAUGAAGCUGGAGAAGAGAUUGAAGAUCCAUCUGUAGAUGAGCUCGGAGAGAUUGAAAAAUCUGGAACCCCAGUCAUAGAUGAAAAAGAACAAGAUUCACGUGAAGGGGUGACGGAAGAUUCUGCUCUAGACAGUUCUGCUCCGGAUACUACGGUCCCAGUGUCCCAGUUAGUUCUACCUAAUGGUAAAGAAGAAAUUCUUAAGUCGAUGAAAUCUGCCUUUUCCUCUUCACUACAAGAAGAUGAUUCAAAAUCAACUCCAGUCCUGGUUCCAAAAAAAAAAUCUCUGGAAUUUCUGGCAAAUAAUCUUAUGAAGAAAGCUUUAGCUUUCAACGUUCUCUCAGUUCCUACCUCAGCUCUGGAGGACGGAUCUCAGAUGUAUCUCUCAGGAGACAUAAAGGAGAAGAGGGGUUCUGGGUUAGGUUUGAUUGCUAAUAACUAUUUAAGCUCAGAGGAGGAAUCCUGAUCUCUGCUCACAUCUUCUAGAAAGUUACUGAUGAGAUCGUGAUAUUUAUAUGUAUAAAUUUACAUCAUCAAUCAUGAUCCUUGUUGCCUGGCUUUACAGGAAAGUUUUAGCUUAUUUUCUUAAAAUGUGUUUCCUAUGAAGUAAUAAAAUAUACAACUGAUCAUAA